GUCAAUUGAUCACGAUGCUUCGAAAGUCGCCCACGGGCACGUGGCUGCCCGCAAGGGUUCCAGAGUCGACGGUGACGCUCUCUGUCCUUCUCAUGUUGUGCUCUAUCGUCCAGUCUUCGACUGGCGGUUAUGACGGGUCCAUGCUCAACGGCCUCAACAUCCUCCCAUCCUACGCAGACUACUUCAACCUCAACGCCGCCACCACAGGCCUCAACACAGCCUCCGUCUUCAUCGGCGGCGUCUUGGGCCCCUUGGUAUCAGGCGUCGUCUCGGACCGCCUCGGCCGCCGCCCCACCAUCUUCUGGGGCUCGCUCAUCACCAUCCUGGGCGUCAUCCUGCAGACCGCCGCGCAGGACAUCGCCAUGUUCGUCGUGGCGCGCAUCCUGCUGGGCUUCGGGUGGGCUGUGUCGGGCAUCGCCGCGGGCGUCUACCUCUCCGAGACCUUCCCCAGCAGGUGGCGCGCCUGGGGGGUCGGGCUGCUCAACGACUUCUACUACGUCGGCGCGCUCAUCGCCGCGGGCAUCACGCUGGGCACCGGCACAUGGCAGUCGACAUGGGCCUGGCGCGCCCCCAGCCUGUUCCAGGGCGUCUUCUCGGUGCUGUGCAUCGUCGUGCUGCCCUUUAUCCCAGAGUCGCCGCGGUGGCUCGCCUACCAGGGCCACUUCACCGCCGCCCGCACUGUGGUCGCCCAGACAAAUGCCGACGGCGACGAGGCCGACCCGGUUGUGCUGACUGUGUACAAGGAGAUCAUCGACACCCUUGCCUGGGAGAAGAAGGAGGGCCGCACCAUGAGCCCGACAGAGAUUUGGAAGACCCCUUCUGCGCGGAAGAGGUUGUUGAUAGGAAUGAGCCCGGGGCCGUUCUCUUGUAUUGCUGGGAAUAUUAUUGCCAGUUAUUACUUGAGCACCGAGCUAGACACGGCGGGAAUUACAGAUACGCUGCAGCAGCUCAAGGCGAACGUCGUCCUCAAUGUCUGGUGUCUGGCAUGCUGUCUGGCCGGCACCCACCUGGCCGCCAGAUGGGGCCGAAAACCCACCGCCCUCGUCUCGCAGGGUCUUCUCAUCGCCUGCCUGUUCAUCAUCGGCGGGCUGUCCAAGAUCUACGCCGACAACCCGGACGGUGCCACCCAGGCCCUCAUCUACGGGGAUGUGGCCGUCAUGUUCCUGUUCCAGGGGUUCUACUCGAUCGCGUGGACGCCCUUGCUGUAUCUCUAUCCUCCCGAGGUUUUCAACUACUCUAUUCGGGCGAACGGCGUGGCAGUCUCGCAGCUUGCUCUGAACGGUCUUGCACUCAUGUUGGUGUUUCUCAUGAACAUUGCCUUGGUAAACCUUGGGUGGAAAAUGUACAUCAUCAACGCCGCAUGGGACAUCAUCAUCUUUGUUCUGAUCGCGGUCUACUGGGUCGAGACAAAAGGCAAGACGCUAGAGGAGGUCGAUGCCAUCUUCGAGGGGGCUAAGCACUCUUCUGUGCCGGAUGUCGAGGCUGUCCGCCAGGGAGAGAAGACGGUGGCUGUGGAGGCCGUGGACAAGGACAUUCAUGCUUGAAAUGAUUGUUGGGAAGAGCAUCAUUCGUCACGGUCAUGAUCAUAUUUAUUGAUGUCAAUCAGUCACCAUGAAUAAUGGAUGGUGUUUCAUCG